AUGGUGGCUGAAAAGCCAUCUCUGGCCGAAGCUCUGGCUAAAAUUAUGUCACAUGGUAGUCACACAUCUCGCAGAGGUAGUAGUGGUGCCUGCAGUAUCCACGAGUGGAAUGGAACAUUUCGUGGGGGCCCGGUUCGUUUCAAAAUGACCUCAGUGUGCGGUCACGUCAUGACUCUAGACUUUGUUGGUCGUUUUAAUAACUGGGAUGUUGUUGAUCCGGUUGAAUUAUUUUCCGCGAAGAUUGAGAAAAAAGAGGCAAAUCCAAAACUGAAGAUGGUAAAUUUUCUUCAAAAAGAAGCAAAGGGAGCUUCUUCUCUCAUUCUUUGGCUGGACUGUGACAAAGAGGGUGAGAAUAUCUGCUUUGAAGUGAUUGAAGCCGUGACUCCAGUUAUGGGUCCACAGGCACAGAUUUACCGGGCUCAUUUCACCGCAGUCACGGAUCACGAGGUCCAAGUAGCUAUGAAAAAUCUCCGUCAACCAAAUAAAAACGAGGCGUUGUCUGUGGACGCUAGACAAGAGACGGACCUGCGAAUCGGAUGUGCUUUUACGCGUUUUCAAACCAAGUUCUUUCAGGGCAAAUACGGCGAUUUGAAUAGUCGUCUUGUCUCCUUCGGUCCUUGUCAGACCCCGACUUUGGGCUUCUGCGUCAAACGCCACGACCGCAUUCAGUCUUUCAAGCCUGAACCCUUCUGGCGACUUACUGCUUCGGUAGUGGUUAACGAGCAGGGCGACCGGCUUCCCUUGACGUGGAAUCGUGAUCGGUUGUUUGACAAGGAGGCUGCAACCGUUUUCCUCAAUGCUGUCUCUGGUGCUGACAAGGCCCUAGUGGUGGACGUGAAUCGCAAGGUGAAGGUGAAACCGCGUCCCCAGGGUCUGAACACAGUGGAGAUGUUACGGGUGGCCAGUGCCUCACUUGGCAUAGGUCCUCACGCCGCCAUGGCUAUUGCAGAGCGGCUCUACACCUCCGGAUUCAUCAACUAUCCUCGUACCGAGUCAACCGCCUACCCGCCCUCCAUGGAUUUGAAGGCGCUGCUGCGACAGCACACGAACCACCCAAAAUGGGGUGACGUGGUGAGCGAUCUUCUAAAGUCGGGCUAUCAUAACCCCCGCGCCGGUCACAACGCCGGCGACCACCCGCCUAUUGCACCGAUGCGAUGCACCACAGAGCUCUCUGGCGAUGCCGGCCGUCUCUACGAGUACGUGGCUCAGCACUUUAUAGCUACGCUCAUGCCUGACUGCAAGUACGAAACCACUACUGUGGUGUUGAGUAUUGGUGAGGAAAAAUUCAUCACUCGCGCCUCUCGUGUCCUUGAGCCCGGUUAUACACGUAUCUUUACGUGGCAGGCCAUUGGGCGUGACAUUGACGACGGCGACGGUCCCGAUGUGACUUUGGCAGCCGCACUUACCACUCCAGGCUCGAGUUUACCACUGGGAGAGAAACCGCGUCUUGUGGAGGGUCAGACGAGCCCUCCGGGGUACCUCACAGAAGCAGAUCUCAUCACGGCCAUGGAGAGACAUGGAAUUGGAACAGAUGCCUCCAUCCCGGUGCAUAUUGAAAACAUUGUGGAGAGGGCCUAUGUCGAGAUUCUUCCCGGUCGUCGUUUGAAGCCGACCCCUUUGGGUGUGGUUCUGGUCCAUGGCUACCACUCCAUCGAUGCGGAACUCGUCCUACCCCACAUGCGUCGUGCUGUUGAGGAGCAGCUCAAUCGUAUCGCCACUGGUGAAGCUGACUUUCACCGUGUCCUCCAAUUCGUCCUUGCCAUCUUCGCCACCAAAUACCGUUACUUCGUAGAACACAUCGCUUCAAUGGACCAACUGUUUGAGGUCUCUUUCUCCAGUCUGGCAGAAUGUGGUCGGCCCCUCACGCGAUGUGGAAAGUGCCGACGCUAUCUGAAGCUGGUGGAUUCGAAACCACAGCGCCUGCAUUGUCCGGUGUGUUCCGACACCUAUGCGGUGCCGCAGAAUGGAUCGAUUCGACCAUAUAAGGAGACUAAGUGCCCAUUGGAUGAUUUUGAACUGGUGCUGUGGACACAGGGCGCCAAGGGAAAGAGCAUGGUCUUCUGUCCCUACUGCUACAUCAAUCCACCCUUUCCGGGGCAACGGAGGAACACGGGGUGUGCAAAUUGUCUCCAUCCCACUUGCACCUUUUCGCUGGCUGUGAAUGGUGUGGACGCUUGCACAGAGUGUUCCCAGGGAACGCUUGUGUUAGACGACGCGCAUGCGCCCAAAUUCCGCCUCUGUUGCAACCAGUGCGAUGCCAUUAUCCUCUUCUCCGAAGCAGUCAAAUCUGCUUCUGUCCGACAGGCGACCUGCGAGGAGUGUACGGCUCGGCAUCUUUCCCUCCAAAUUGAUACAAGAAGUGACCAAUCUGGCAUCGCGAGGAUUGAGCGGCCGAUUAUUCCUGAUGGUCGCAUUGGUGACAUCACUGAAAGAGCCUCCAAUUUCAUUAACGCCUUUUCUUUCCACUCCCCACAGAGUAAGUUGAAGUCAGGUGAUUCAUCGAUACCCGCCAAAUUCACCGGCUGCGUGUUCUGCUCCGAUGAGAUGUGCAAACUGCUUUCUGCUCGUAAAGCAGCUAACCCCACCGCCACUGCUUCAAACACCACUUCCAAUGGUCGUGGUGGCGCCUCACGGGGCAGGGGAUCGCGAGGUAGUAGAAGGGGUGAAAGAGGUGGUAGAGGUCGCCGAUGA